AAACGCGUCUGUCCCUAUUUAGAGACCCGCAGGAUUCAGUUACAAUUUGUUAACAUUAAGAUAAGAAAUUGUUUAUGGAACAUCCAAUAAAUUUUUUUAAAAGUUUGCGCAUAAUAUGCGUUGAUUUCUGUGGACUGAUAAAAAAUAAGUGUCGUUUCUCUAAGAAAUAAGGUACCGCUUGAAAAUCGGCCAUCGCAGCUAUUUUCAGCAAUAAUGAAAAUUGUUUUCUGUACAUGAGCCCUUUAUACACAAGUUCUAAAGUUUAUAUUGUGUAAAACGCUGAAGAGGUAUAUGAGGUUUCAUGUCACCGAAUUACUGUCUCCUUCGAUAGACGAAGAUGCUAAAUUAGUUGGAAAACAAUGAAUACUAUCAACAGAGUAAAUAGCAAGGUGGGCAUAACAAUUGAAUCAAGAUUUGACGAAUUGGACAGAAAUUUGGGAACAACCUGCAGUAACUUUAAAAAUGACCCAAAGGACUUCAGUAUCAAUUUUAGUAAAACUUCACCUGGUAGAAGUCGGUAUGGCAGAACAAUAAAACCCAAGUCUCCUAAGAAUGAGGUUGCCACUUCCUCAAAGAAUUCUAAAAUGCCAAGGAAUCGUAAAUAUCAAAAUUCACCAGAUAGUAGUAACGAUAGUACAGAUGAAAAUAAUACAGUUAACGAUAUGGAUGAUACAAGUGAUUCUUCUACUAGUUUAAGUAUUAUGGAGGAUACUACUCCAAAAUUGGUUGAUUCUCCUAUACAGUGUAAUUGGAUAUUAGGUCAAUUAGCAUGGGCCAGAGUUGGUAAUUUUCCUUUUUGGCCUUGUGUUAUAACACUUGAUCCAGUUCUAAUGGUAUAUCAUAGAUUAAAAGCUACUGCCAGAUCACAAACGCUAAUGAUACAUGUCCAAUACUUUGGCGAUAAAGGACGUCACAGUUGGGUUUCAUCAAACUCUAUGAUUCCAUUUACAAAUCUUGCAGACUUUAAAAAAUUAUCAGAAUCAAUAACUGCAGAAGUAAAGAAGAGAGAUGCUAAAUAUGCUGCAGCAUUUAUUGUUAAGCCUGGUAUAAAGUCAAAAUGGGAAAGUGCGAUCGAAGAAGCUAUGGAAGUUGAAUCAAUGAGUAAUGAUGAUAGAGCACAUGUUUUUAAACCGAAGGAAAAAAGUAUAAGAAAUAAGUCAUCUAAAAUAUCAGAGGAAAAGGAUAAAGCUAAUAAAAGAAAAAACUCAAGUGAUUCAAAUGGUCCUGAUUUUAAACGUGUUAGGCAAGAUAAUGUAUAUGAAGUAGAUAAAGAGAAAACAGAUGGAACUAAACAAAAAAUGCUUAAAUACAUUGAGAAUGGUAAAAAUCAUUCGAAACUUAAUUCAGAUACUCCUCCGUUAUCUCCUUUAAGUCAAAGAGAUUCCAAUGACGAAAUCUCUCUCGUGCAAAAGGUUGAAUUUCGUACUGAAGAGGAUGUAGAUGGUGUCUUUGAAGUUUAUUACGAACGGAAUCGAGAUAUGUUAGAAGACGAAUAUCCGGAUGCGUCGGAACACGAUAUUAGGAAAUAUUUAAAAAAGACUUGGGAUAAUAUGAAUUCUUCUUUUCGCAAAAAAUAUCGAUCAUAUGUAACAUCAGACACUACUAGUGCUCAUACAAAAGAAAAUUCAUUAAACAACGAAGACGACUUAUUAUUAGAAAUGAAUGGAAGUGUUAAAGAUAAUAAAAGGUCAAGAAUUAAAGUUGAAAAGGAAGAGAUAAGUGUUUCAGAAACGAAAAGAAAUAGACCUUAUAAUCUUUUUAAAGGAACAAAGCAAGAGAAAGUUUGUCAAAUAUGUGAAAAAACUGGGAAGUUAACUAGGUGUAAAGGUCCUUGUUAUUCAUAUUUUCACCUUUCUUGUGUAAAACCAGGAGAAUCUAGUCCGGAGCAUUCUGUUGAUGAGAAUGUAAUGGAUGAUAAAAUUCUCGAUGAUAUAAAUGAGAUUAAACAAAGCAAUACUGAUAAUGAUGAGAAUAAUGGUAAAUCAGAAGAGCAAGAGGACGAGUUCUUUAAAUGUAUCGAUUGCUUAUCAGGUGUAGCACCUGCUUGCUUUAUAUGUAACGAAAGAGAAGGAGAUAGAAUAAGAUGUUCUGUGUUAGCUUGUGGAAAACAUUAUCAUUCGUCUUGUUUGAAAUCGUGGCCACAGUCUCAUUGGCAAGGAGGCCGCUUAACUUGCCCAUAUCAUGUAUGUCAUACAUGCAGUUCAGACAACCCUCAAGAUAGUCAUUCGAGAGCUCCAAACGAGAAACUAGCACGAUGCGUUCGUUGUCCUUCAUCCUACCAUACAUCUACGUCUUGUUUACCUGCUGGUUCGGUAAUUUUAACCGGCAGCCAAAUAGUUUGUCCGAAGCAUUACCAAGCUCCACAACCUCCAGUAAACGCGGCAUGGUGCUUUUUAUGUACAAGAGGUGGAAGUCUUAUCUGUUGCGAUACAUGUCCAACGUCAUUUCAUUUGGAAUGUUUAGGUAUUGAUGCUCCGGAUGGUGCAUUUAUUUGUGAAGAUUGUGAAACAGGCAGAUUGCCUCUGUAUGGAGAAGUUGUAUGGGUUAAACUUGGUAAUUACCGUUGGUGGCCAUCUCGUAUUUGUUAUCCUCAUGAAAUUCCUGAAAAUAUAGAAGCUAUACCUCACAGUCCUGGUAAAUUUUGCGUAAUGUUUUUAGGAUCAAAUAAUUAUCAUUGGAUUCAUAGAGGACGCGCUUUUCUUUAUCAAGAUGGUGAUGCAAACAUAAAACCACCAAUUGGGAAAAAAAAUAGGGAUGAUACUUAUCGUAAAGCAUUAGAAGAAGCCAAUGAGAUUCAUCAGCGUUUAAAGAUCGAAAGAGCUGCAGCUAAAGACCAUGGACCAAGAGGAUUGAAACCUCCACAUUAUGUCAAAUUAAAGAUGAAUAAACCGGUUGGCAACGUAAAGCCAGCAGAGGUUGAAAGCAUCGUUGCGUGCGAUUGUGAUGCAGAAUGGGAAAAUCCAUGUGCUCCAGGCACAGAUUGUCUUAAUCGAAUAUUAUUAGUUGAAUGUAGCCCUGGUAUUUGCCCAGCUGGUGCCAAAUGUAAAAAUCAAGCAUUUGUACAAAGACAAUAUCCAGCUAUGGAACCAUUUCAUACCAUAGGACGUGGUUGGGGUCUUAGAAGUUUAGAACAUAUUAAAGCUGGUCAAUUUGUUAUAGAAUAUGUAGGUGAAGUUAUAGAUGAAGCUGAAUACAAACGAAGACUACAUAGGAAGAAGGAAUUAAAGAACGAGAAUUUUUAUUUUUUAACUAUAGAUAAUAAUAGAAUGAUCGACGCUGAACCAAAAGGCAAUUUAAGUCGGUUUAUGAAUCAUUCGUGUUCACCAAAUUGCGAAACGCAAAAAUGGACAGUUAAUGGAGAUACGCGUAUAGGUCUGUUUGCAUUAUGCGAUAUCGAGCGCGGCGAAGAAUUGACCUUCAAUUAUAAUUUAGCUUGUGAUGGAGAAACUCGAAAGCCCUGUCUCUGUGGUGCGCCAAAUUGUAGUGGUUUUAUAGGUUUAAAAGUACAGAAACCACAAGUAACUACACCUUCAACAACAGGAAUUCAACAGAAAAAAUUUGAUAAAAUCGAUAAAAUGAAACGUCAAAAAAGGUUGAGGAAGCAUGUACUGUGUUGGAGUUGUGGGCAGGAAAUUGAAAAAUUGACAGAGUUUGUCAUUUGCGAUCAAAAGACAUGCAAUAAAAAGUAUCAUAAAUCUUGCGUGAUCAUUGAUGAUACAGAUUCGAGAUUCAGUUGUCCUUGGCAUCAUUGUGCAGAGUGUCGUCGUAGAACAUCUGCACAUUGUUCGUUUUGUAGUGCUGCUUUUUGUCAAGUACAUCUGGAUGGGAAUUUAUUUGAGUACAGUGAAAAAGCUGGUUUUGUCUGUAAGUUGCAUGAAAGUAUGGAUAUGCAAAGAUCUGCUGAAGAUGAAAAAGAUUAUUCGGAUAAUGAUACUGAAACAGACAAAGAACAUUCUUCUACAGGUUCCAAUAGUCCAUUGAUCAUAAUGGAAAAAUCAAUACCGCGUGAACCAUCACCAAGAGUUUCCAUAAUAGAGGUUCAUCCGAGUAGUGAGGAAAGUGAAGAAUCUCAAAAAGAAGAUGAUGAAGAAGCAACGCAGUCUACUAAUUUUAUGCCUUGUGAAUACAGCUCGAAAAGUAUGAAAAGAAAAGAAUUGCACCGAUUAUCUUUAAGAUUGAAAGGAGAAAAAGAUCAGGUAGAAAAAUUUAGUAAUCUUACAUCUAGUCAAUUGGAGGCUAUAAUCGGUGGCAGUUUAUUUGAAUGAACCAUUUAUCCUCAUUGAUUAGGAUCGAACGAUGAAAUAUAUUUUAAUGUGCAUAGUUCCAAAUCUUCACGAUUGAUAAAUCACAAAUUAUGUAAUAAGAAAUGCGAUACAACUGUGAACGUCAAUAUGAGUUAGUAGUAUUUGUAAUUAUAUGUAAACAUUGUUUGUAAGACACCCAUUCCAUGUCAAAGGGAUCAGCUGAAUAACAAAUUUUAAUAAAAUCCAAUUCUGCUAGCGAAA